GCGUGACUUGCGAAAUGGCAGAAAGAGUGGAGCUCCACGUGUUGAAAGGACCACCGGAAAGUCAACCAGUAAUUCGCGUAGCCCGAAAAGAUAGCGACCGGACUCACAACUCUAGCCGUCGGAGCUUGCGGUACAGCGGUAGAGAAGGAUGUGCGCCGGGCCAUUGGCUGCCGAUACUACGAUGGACAAGGCGUUAUAGCCGGGUUGAUUUACUAGCAGACAUGAUAGCGGGCGUUACACUUGGUCUAACGAUGAUUCCGCAGAGUAUCGCUUAUGCUACCAUCGCCGGUUUACCUUCGCAGUACGGAUUGUACGCAGCGCUCGUUGGAUCGGUGGUGUAUGCCUUUCUUGGAACGGUAAAAGAGGUCUCGAUUGGACCGACGAGUCUGAUGGCAUUGCUAACUUAUCAAUAUGCGGCGAACCAUCCACCGCAGUACGUCGUUGUGCUUGCGUGCACAGCCGGGAUUGUAGAGCUGUUGAUGGGUGCUGCACGCCUCGGCUUCCUGAUCUGCCUCAUCUCGGAACCGGUGACGUCAGCCUUCACGUCUGCCACUGCCCUAAUCAUCAUUGGAACACAAUUACGCAACCUACUGGGGGUACCCAAACCAGUAGGGGCAAUGGCUGAAGGAGGCAUAUUGCCGACGCUGCUUGACGUAAGCCGUCGGUACACGGAAGCCACCGUCCCAGACAGCAGCGUCGGUUUCGUCUGCAUUCUGCUCCUGGUGAUACUCCAGCAACUACCAAAGCUAGUCCCAGCAUCAACUCAACGCUGGCACCGUUGCUCUCGUCUGCUGUGGUAUGUGGCUCUGGCUCGUAACGCAAUCGCUGUACUUGGCUCUGCCUUGCUGUCUUACUGGAUCGAUGGUGGCAGCAACACUGGGUCGGCUGUUCCUUGGCAGCUUUCUGGCAGGGUUGAAUCGGGUAUUCCCUCUUUCCAGCUACCAAUACAAGACAUCGUAGUGGGCAAUACCACCGUUAGUUUCUUCGACAUUGUAACGGAUUUGGGCAGUGGACCUGUACUUGUGCCACUUGUUGCCAUUUUGGCCAACGUUGCCAUUGGAAAAGCCUUUUCAUCGGGCCAGCCAGUCGACGCAACCCAGGAGAUGAUCGCUCUGGGACUUUGUAAUAUCAUCGGGUCGUGCUUCCGGUCGAUGCCGACCACUGGCGCAUUUACCCGAUCGGCCGUCAGCCACGCGAGCGGUGUCCGUACACCACUGUCCGGUCUGUACAGUGCGCUCCUUUGCCUGCUCGCGCUCGGCAUCUUAACACCGUACUUCUACUACAUACCACGGGCAACAUUGGCGGCGGUCCUGAUAGCAGCAGUAUCCCCCAUGCUAGAUCCUGGCAUCCUGGCGAAGCUUUGGCGUGCCGGCUUUCGCUACGAUCUGCUAGCCUGGUGCUGCUGCUUUGCCCUUUGUCUGGUGGCUGGCAUUGAGAUUGGGCUGCUGGGCGGGAUGGUGAUUAGUUUGGUUCAGCCACUGGCCAAUUUUGUAUGGCUCCGAGUGGAAUGUCAGACAGUCCACGAACACGACCAGCGUUUCAGCUACCGUCUCAUUCGGGUGGAGCAUGGCCUACUCUAUCCGGGCGUCGAUCGUCUUCGGUCUCUCGUGUUGCAGCAGGUACACCUGGAUGGAACCACCGAUCUACCGAUUGUACUCGACUGUUGUCGGAUGACGUUGAUGGACUUCACAGCCUGCCGAGCGCUGGAUAAUCUCAGUAAGGAAGUGCAUCGACUCGGCGGCAGCCUGCUGCUACGCAAUGUCCCACCCCGCUGGCAUGAGCGACUAGUCCUUCAUGAGACCGAGCAUGGAUUAGCGUUUGGGUCACAGUCUUAAAAAUCAGGGGCCCAUCACGUUGCAAGUGUUUGGGGCACAUUCAAAGUAAUAUCCAUCGAUUAUGCUAAUGGUGGAGGCACCUUGUUAUGAAUAAAGUAAAACUAGCCUAGACAGGCCCCGAUCAGGAA